ACUUAGUAAUUAAAUGAUUAAAUUGGUAUAUCGAAAGGUUUAUUUAAAAAUUAAUUAAUAAGAAACUUGUGGAUCGGUUGCUAUAAAUGUGAUUAAAAAACUUCACGUUCACUUUUCAAGAUUUAAAAAAAAUGUUAGUUACAAAAAAUUUGGUGAUUUUUGCUUUAGGUGUUGUUGCUGUGUCACCUACCAAAUUGAGUUUAGAGAACAUAACAGACGACUUUAAAGCACAACUUUUAAAGCUUCACGGCUUAUGUAGCACAGAAACAGGAGCUACUGAAGAGGACAUUGAGACAUUAAGAAAGGGAAUAUUUACUGAAGAUCCAAAAAUUAAGUGCUAUAUUAAAUGCAACUUCUUAGGAAUCGAAUUGUGGACAGACAAUAGCGAAAUUAAUCCUGCACCAUUUGCCAACAUUGUUCCUGCUGAAAUGAGCAAAGAGGUGUUUACAGCGUAUGACGAUUGCAAUAAGAAAUUAGGUAACAUCAAUGACCUGUGCGAAAAAUCUUAUAUGUUGAUCAAGUGUAUCCAUGAAACUGCUUUGGAUAGUUUCUUCGUAGUUUAAUUAUGGAUGAAAUAGUUUAUUCUGAUUCUAUAUGGUGCAAGUGAUAAGUGAAAUGAAUUUAGUCACAUUUAAUAAAUUAACAAAAUAAAAAAAAA